AAGUAUCAUUUGAACCGCAAAACUGGAACGUAUCUUUGAUGUUGGCUGUUCCAUUUGGGUUAUUAUUGGAUUCUUAACAAGUGGAGCCUUGGAAAUCCUGAUGACAUCUGUGCCCUUUGGUUAUGCCACAUGAUAUGCUCAAAUAUGUGUUAAGUUAGCCUUGGAGAUGUCUGAUUCGCCAUAUCUUAUAUUCUGUAUGACUUCAACAUUGGCGGCUGGGGAACAACAGCUCUUGGAAGGGUACCAAUCACCACCGAGUGGGUAUAUUCCCUCAUGAACUGGGAGGUUCUGGCUUGUGGCCCAGUGGGCACAUGAGAGCCUUUAGAUUUGAACACUAGCCUGUUGUUCUUCUGUAGGAAAGUGGCAUCCUUGACCUGAUGGAAAGUUGUAGACAGACAUCAAAUUGGCUGCGGAUCAUUCUGAAUGCUGGAUUUCAUGCCAUCAGUCUACCAAAGCAUCUGUGCAUCUGUUAUGUUCUGUAUGUUGCCAGCUUGGCCUGCUGCUAUAAAUACAGCACCAAAUCUACCAGGCUCAACACCAUUCAUUGCCUCAUUAGAAGCCUUCCAGUGUUCAUUGUCGCAAGGUUGCUAUCUGAUUGUGUCAUUUCAUUUAGCAACUGCCUCUGGUUUUGACUGUAGAAGAUGGCUGCUAUUGUUGAAGGUCCCACUCCUAAGUAUGAGUGCUUGCUAUUUGAUUUGGAUGAUACACUGUAUCCUCUUAGUGCUGGCAUCAAUCUUGCUUGCCGCAAAAAUAUUCAAGAUUACAUGCGUGACCAUCUGCGAAUUGAAGAAAGCCAAAUUGCAGAGAUGUGCCUGGAACUUUAUAGGGAAUAUGGCACCACAAUGGCUGGUCUUAAGGCAUUAGGUUAUGAGUUUGACAAUGAUGAAUUUCAUUCAAAUGUUCAUGGUAGACUGCCAUAUGACAAUCUGAGGCCUGACUCUGUUUUGAGGACCCUUCUACUUUCCAUUCCACAAAGAAAAAUAAUAUUUACAAACUCGGACAAGGUUCACGCGGAAGAGGUUCUGCGCAGGCUGGGUUUGCAGGACUGCUUUGAGGGUGUGAUAUGCUUCGAGACAUUGAAUCCACCAGCUGUGACGAGCAAUGGCCUAUGCAAGUCCCAGGCGGAUCCUAUGGCUCUCUCUGAUGAACCAUCUUCCGACUUGGACGGUCUCUAUGGAUCGGAUGGCAGACCUAAAUCAUCCAUCCUGUGCAAACCCACUAUUGAAUCCAUGGAAGCCGCAAUUCAUAUCGCAAAUGUUGAUCCUAAGAAGACAAUCUUCUUUGAUGACAGCACCCGGAACAUUGCUACAGGAAAGGCUGCAGGCUUCCACACCGUGAUUGUUGGCAGGUCAACACUCGUUCCAGGGGCUGAUCAUGCACUGGAGAGCAUCCACAACAUCAAGGAGGCCUUGCCCGAGAUAUGGGAAGUCCACGACUGGUCAGAAUUAGACGCUGUUCCUGCUUCUGCCACGGUAGAAACAUCGGUUAUUGCUUGACGUCGUGUUCCCAAUGAUUGGCUACCAUCGGAGAAUGGAAUGUUGUAUCACAGGUACCAAGCAUGGACCUAUUUAAUAAAAAGUAGCAUUGUAUUCUCGACCUUCAUGCGCUGAUACACCUCAGAAACGCCGCCUCCCCUGUGCAGGGUGAAAAAGGUAUACCAAAGUAUCCCCAAAAAGUACAAGAGUAAACAUAUAUUUUCAUAUGGGCAAUAAACUUGAACGUCAAUAAACACUUUUUUGUUUGUUGCAAAACCCA